CUGAAGUCGCUAUACUAGCUUUUCAACAUCCUGAAUGCGAUUAUAGUUGAAAUGAAGAAAGGUUUAAAAACACAAUGAAUCAGUUUACUUGGGUGAUUGUAAACAUUUUAUAUUGUUUUGGAGUAAUUGAGAAAGGUCAGGGUGUUUUUGUUUCACAAAGUGAAACGGAGUGGGACGAAUCUACAUGUACUUUUGCAGAACCAGAUAUACUCUGCAGUGAUGAUGGCUCUUGCGUUGUUGGAAAUGGUUUAGAACUUUUUAACAGUAUAAGCAUCCCAGACAAUGGUAUUUGGAUUGGAUUUACCAAGACAUGGAUAAGUUUUGCUUAUGUUGAUGUAACCAAGUGAAUGUUGGAAUCGAAUACUCUGUUCCAACUUUUGGGGAAUGUAGACGUAGAACAGGUUGCCAAACUAUCGGAAUCAGAAAUGCAACAGACGGAUUGAAAUGUAAGUGUGCAAGUAAUAGCCAGGUACACUCGGGGACAUGUAGAAGAAAAUGCGAAGAAGCGGAUCAAUAUCCGUGUGGUGACACUUCCGACAAAACUAUGUUUUCAAUUUAUACGGUCGAAAAAGUCCCUCCAAGUAGCAAUUCAAAGGACAAUAAUAAAAACUGUCUACUGUUCUAUUAUGGAUAUGGAGGACAAGGUCAUAAUUUUUAUUGGAGUCCGUGCAAUUAUGUAGCUUCCUAUCCAAAGAUAUUAUGCAGCGGCACAAACUAUUCAGAUAAAAACCAACUGGCGAAAUUAUAUAAUGGUAAUAAUAAAUGGGCUACAGCUGUUGACCACUGCUUCGUUGGAAAAUACUUCCCUGCAACAAUACAAAGUAUUAUAAAUGCGCAGUUCACUAACCAGAACGCCCAGGACUACUGGACAGGAAUAAUUAAGACAGAAUCAAUUCUUUCUUUGAGUGAUAAGUUAGAUAAUAGCACCAAUCCACCUGUGACAUAUGCUUAUGUUGAGCAGACAAACCAGACCGUUUACGUGAGAUUUGCUAACGCAGGUCAAUCGAGAAAGAGUUUGUGCACAGAAGAUGGCACAACGGCAACACCAUCUACAACGAUACGAGAGACACAACCAACUUAUUCGGAAUCCACCACAGCACCAGUUAAACCAACAACAGUUUCAGUUGGCCCCUCGGAAACAAACUCAAUAACCACGCAAGGGAAACAGCCUACGUAUUCGGAACCAACCACAACGCCAGUCAAGAGUACAACAGGUCCAACCUCGCGUGUCACGUCAAUUAUUCCAUUGACAUCAUCUGGAAGUGACAAAACAUCAGAUACACCUCCAACAAUUAAGUCAACUACAACGACAGUAUCGAGUCCCGUACAGGAAGGCAAAGACCAAGGGGGGUCAACCGCUGGUCUCGCAGCUGGUCUGUCCAUUUCUUUUCCAUUGAUUUUCGUUGUCAUGGUUAUUGUGCUGCUGUUCUUGAAAAGAAGGGGACUUCUACCAAACUUUUGCAAACAUAAUGAUGACAAGAACAACAAUACUGCAGACACUGCGACAGAAGUUUCAUUCGUACCAACAUCGACAUGUGAAUCUUCUACAAACACAAUGCAGGAUUUGACAGCCUCAAAGCAUUCGUACUUUGUGCUUGAGAAAACAUUUGAAGUAACAAACAAAGAGGAGAUCGACCAUUAUGCAGAACCAGAUAAAUCCGAUGUUGACUAUCAUGAUUUGAAUAAUCCUUCACAGAAAGAUACUGAUAACAACUACGAUACAAUCGAUGGCAAAAAAGCCCCAGCUGAGUCUGGAUUGACUAAGCUCAAUAACAACUAUAACGACGUAACUUUACAUCAAACUAAUGAGUACGAUCAUAUUCCUCUGAAUGGGAGGCCUACCAAGGACGACAAACAGACGGAAAAUGAAUACGACAUAAAGAAUAAUGUUAUCGACGGCAAACACGAUACAGGUUUCGAUGAUGACAGUGACACCUAUAACCAUUUGAAUAACCAAGAUUUAAAGAGCUCUGGCACAGGUGAAAUUUAUGGAAUGCCAAAUACAGACGGCGACAAUGACUAUGAUACUUCCGGUUCACUAAAGUAUAUAAGGAAUACAGCUACAAAAUUUCAGCAGCCUGAAAAUGCCGUGAUUAAAAAGAAAUGGUAGAAUUAUAAAUCAAUAAAUGAAAGUUAAUGUACACGAUAUAAUAACUUAACAUUGAUAAGAUCCAAGUGCAGUGAUAGUCACCUAAACCAUGACAAAUACUUAUUCUAAGGAGAGGACAUACCCAACUAGAUAUCUCUUCAGUUCCAUUAUUGUUAAUGUGCCAAUUGGAUAUAAACUGUAUGAAAAUAUAAACUCGUCAGUCAAUUAAACAAAAAAUGAUUGUAAUGCCAUUUUGAACCGAAAAGGCAAAUAAUUUGUACCACCUCAACGGCGUCGUCGGGUAACCAGUUUCAACUAUACAAAUAAUUUGGUUUUCCAAUGUACUGUUCUUUCGAGAGUUAUCUAAAGUUAUGACUGAUGUGAAACCAACCAACUGACCAUGCAUGGUUGGUUUGAGUUGUAUUGUUGCCUCUUCAGUGGUAAUUUCCGCGAGAUGCGUAUAGGAAAACACCAAAUUGCCGACGUUGACAAUUCAGACAAUUUUCUCAUAUCAGCGGAAAAGGUAGCCAUUCAUGGAAAAACAGUUUCUUAAUAUAAUGCAGACACUCUAAAUGAUUAAAUAGAAGGACACUCAAAUGCAAAAUUAAAUUGCAUGGUCCAGCAUUAUUUAUUGCAAUACAAUACACAAUUGUCCGCAAAUGAACUUAGCAUUUAAAAGUUUUGAAACAUUACAUGCUUCGGCAAACCAACUGUUUUGUCGUAGUUGUUUUUAGCAUAUUGUGCAUGUUUUAUGUGGAACUAUCUGUCAUCGUUUCGCAAAUUAACAAACAAAAUACUUUGUUGUAAACAAUCAUGUUGCUGCCAAAUUAAUAUCUGAAACGAUCAACCAAAUCGCAAUACGUCCAACUGUGUAUUAUUGUGUCUAAGUAAUAUGAACUAAAUCUUAAUGAUUAAGAAUGUGCGUUGUGGGCGUAGAAGUGUAGAAGGUGUGUACCAUUAUCAUAAGCGAGCAUUUGAUGUUCUAGCCACACAUUUGUUAUCAUAACUUGUUGACAUUAAGUGAUUCCAAGAAAGGACUGAAUAAUAUGUAUUUUAGAUGUCCGAGGUGUAGAAGAUACAUACCAUGUAUGAUUUAAAAGGUAUGGUUUAAAAUGUAUGAAUCAAAAUGAUAAAGAGUAAUUGUUAACUAAUUGAUAGAAAAGACAAGUCAUGUAUUAAGAUGUUUUGUAUUUGUACGUUGUGUUAUUGUUCGAAAGCCAUUCCUUAAAAACACAUUCAAACUUACAAUAUGAACCAUGAAACAUAUCAAAUGUCAACCAGAUGCACACAUAUUACAAAGCAUAAUUGAUAUUUUCGUAGACACUAUCCAACAUAUAUGUAAAACGCAUCUGGGCGCUCACAUCAUCGCCAUUGGUCUGAUUGUGUAUAUCUAGCAGCGCACACGUUUCAUAUUCAUGACGCAAUUAGGAGGAUAUCCCGCUAUGUCACGUUUCGGAGAAUGUUUUGCAGAGAUGGUUAUAUAGAUAAAUUGUAUAUGAUUAUACAACCAUGUGUUAUUCUUUGGUGGCAUAAUAUAUAUUUAUUUAAUUGGUCAAUGUAUUGGUAAAAUGACAACAAGCAUUGUGUUAAUUUAAAAUUGUUGGACUUCAACACAGAUCAUCAUCCUAGUUGCUCUGUUUGUUUCAAAUUGUUAUUUAAUAUUCCUUCUUUUGAUUUUGAUUAUUUUAAUCAAUUGAUUCUAGUUUUGUUUUCAAAAUGCGUAUUGUAAUCCGAGUGGCCAAGAGAAAAUUACCUUAGUGGAAAUGUAACCAACAUUAUAUUGAGCGGGGGCAAUCUUGUUUUACAUCGAUGUAUUCUUAUAGUGUAGAUAUUAGAUAACCAGUUUGAAAAAUCAUCGGAGAUAUCCUCUAUUUCUUAAACUUCAAUCAUAUUUUUAUUGUAAGAGAAAUAACGUAUUCAAGUAACUCUAUAUUCUUUUGAAUAUCGUAUAAACUGCAUUUUUAUAUUGCACCAAGGAUCCAACGGCCUAUUGGAAAUUACCGUAUAUCACGAACAAUCUACUUUUGACCAAAUUUUAACAUACGGAAUAAGUUUACAGAUUAUAACCAAGAGAAUAUCCUGCUCUGAAGCCAGUCUGCAACUCAUCUAUUUAUAAUUCGAUUAUAAUUUGACAUUGAUUAUGAUUGACCUGUAACUAGUCGUGAUGUAAUACUAAUUGAACAUACCUUUAUAACAAUCUAUAUAAAAAUUGUUGUCUGGCUAGCGCAGUGGUAAACAUAUUUUAAUCCAAAAUAUAAACCACGUUAAUUCGCUGAUUACUUCAUUUAACAUUUGUAUAAUGCAGGAAGGAAUUAAAAGCCUUUUGGAAAUCGCCGUAUAUCACGUAUAAUCUACCGUUUUGACCACAUCUGAGCGUUAGGGAUAUGUUUACACAUUAUCAACAAGAGAAUAUCCUGAUCUGAUCUGAAGCAAUUUUGCGACUCAUCUAUUUUAAUUAGAUUAAAAUUUGACAUGUUUUGUGAAUUACCUAUCGAAUAAUAAAUUGACUCACCAUGUGUUUUAACAACAGUAUGUACAUGUUUAAGACAUUUUAUAGGAACAUAGGAAAACACUUUAUAUCUAUUAUGAUAUCAACUUCUCUCUUUUUCAGAAUCAUACAUUUAUAACCGAUCGCCAUGUAUAUAUGCAUACGAUACAAUAUGUCAAACAUCAAGGGUCAUGUUUUACUUAUAUCAUUGUUUAUAUUGUUUGAAAUUUUAAUACGCAAUAAAAUAUGUUCUAAUCAG